AGCAGGGACUCAAACCAAUGAAAAAUUCGCCGCCCAAGGCAAGCACCAGAACGAACAGGGCUAGUAAUGGCACAAACCAAAUAAAAUAAAUAAUAAUAAAAUAUAAAUAAACGCAUUUACAAAUCAAUAAAAAAAAACAACAACUACACUUGCCGAAAUUUAAAAAACAUUUUUAAAACUAUAGCUUGUGCAAAGGUUCAAAAACAACUUUUUAUUUGCGAUAUACACGCGACCAUCGCAGUUCGAUAAAUAUCGAUUUUUUUAACGCAUCGAGACAUCGUUUAUGUUUUAUGCCAUCCACAUUAAAAUUUUUUUGGCUGCCACACUAUCGUCAGCAGCUGAUGAGCAACAGCGACAAUGAAAGUUUAUCAAGAAGCACGCGAAUUGGUGCCAUUGUUAAUAUUGCAGCUUUAGGGCGGCGCGCCCGUCCAUAAUAAACAUAAACAGCCACAUCUUCGCAAACAACAACAACAACCAUGAAAUUGCUGGGCAAAUACGUGGACAAGGGCAUGCAGGGCAAUGUUGUUCUCGUGCCGGAGGAGCCGGAGGACAUGUGGCACGCCUACAAUCUGAUAGCCGAGGGCGACAGCGUGCGCAGCACCACCAUUCGCAAAGUGCAAAACGAGACAGCGACCGGCUCAUCCACCAGCAGCCGUGUCCGCACCACCCUGACCAUUGUCGUAGAAAACAUCGACUUUGAUACGCAGGCCUGCGUGCUUCGGUUGAAGGGACGCAACAGGGAGGAGAAUCAAUAUGUCAAGAUGGGCGCCUACCACACACUCGACCUGGAGCUGAAUCGAAAAUUUGAGCUGCGCAAGCCAGAAUGGGACACCAUUGCCUUGGAACGCAUAGACAUGGCCUGCGAUCCCACACAAUCAGCGGAUGUGGCCGCUGUAGUCAUGCAGGAGGGCUUGGCGCACGUCUGCCUUAUUACAGCCAGCAUGACGUUGGUGCGCAGCAAAAUCGAAGUGUCCAUACCUCGCAAACGUAAAGGCUCUGUGCAGCAGCACGAGAAGGGCUUGGCCAAGUUCUAUGAGCAGGUCAUGCAAAGCAUUCUCCGGCACGUCAACUUCGACGUUGUCAAAUGCGUGCUGUUGGCCUCGCCCGGCUUUGUGCGGGAUCAGUUCUAUGAUUAUAUGUUCCAGCAGGCCGUCAAAAUGGACUAUAAGGUGCUGCUCGAAAACAAAAGCAAGUUCAUGUUGGUGCACGCUUCUUCGGGCUUUAAGCACUCCCUGAAAGAGGUGCUGCAGGAUGCGGCUGUUAUUGCCAAAAUGUCCGAUACUAAAGCUGCCAGCGAGGUAAAGGCACUGGAACAGUUCUAUAUGAUGCUGCAAUGCGAACCAGCAAAGGCUUUCUAUGGCAAGAAACAUGUGCUGGCUGCCGCCGAGGCUCAAGCUAUCGAAACUCUGCUCAUUUCUGAUAAUCUAUUUAGAUGUCAAGAUGUUAAUCUCAGGAAAGAAUAUGUUAAUUUAGUUGAGUCGGUGCGUGAUGCUGGCGGUGAAGUCAAAAUAUUCUCCAGCAUGCACAUAUCCGGUGAACAGCUCGCACAGCUAACUGGAAUAGCGGCUGUCCUCCGAUUUCCUAUGCCCGAACUGGAGGAUAGCGACGACGACGAUGAUGAAGAUGGUGCGGCAGGUGGAGACGAUAGCGACUAAGUGGAAAUGGAGAAACCAAGCAUUUUUCAACAAUAACAAAACAACACCAACAACAUUAACAAUAACAACAAAAACUUGUCAACUGCAAUCAGUGUAUAAAAAACAAAAACCAGCACUCGACCUAUUUAAGUAGCUUGAGUUAAAACAAAUUCUAAGAAUUGUAUAUUAAAUAGGUACUACUUCUGACAGACUUGGACUGUGGCAGGGCAUAUACAAUACUAUAUACAAGUAAUUUUUUUAAGUUUAAAACAAAUACAUAAUUGUUUAAGUGUCUGAAAAUCUAGUUAAAAUUAUAAGGUGUUUCAACAACAAAAACAAAAUUUAAUGUGGCCAAGCAACAGAAAAGGAAGGAAAUAAUAUACUUAAACAUUAAACAAUAAUUGGAAACUAACAACAAAACAAAACUAAACAAAAGUGUUCAAUGCGCCGAGUGCUUGCAAUUUGAUUUGCUCUCUCCUUGUUUAAAAUAAAAUAAUAAUAUUUUAAUUGAUUCGCGUUUUGUUGUACAUUUUUAAUACAAUUUUUUAUACCAUAAGUUCGUAAAUGCUGCGCAAAACCAAUUCAUUAAUUGUUCAUAAUUUUUUAUAAGUGAAAUAAUAAAAGCGAAGAAAAGCCAAA